AUCAUUCGACCUACUGAGAAAACGUUGCUGCGCCGGGUGAUUGAGGUGUGCACUACGGUGGAGACCGGUAAAUGGAAUGGAACGGCAAGCACUGAUAGCGUAGAUGAUAGCGAUGUGGAGGAGAGAGCUCGCGCGCAGCAACAGGUACGAAGAGGUCGAAAGCGUGCAGUGGAUACGGAUGCGCAAAAGAUGCGGGCGUUGAUGCAGCAGUCGAUGUUAUCCCAAAUGGGUGAUCUGCCUUUAGCAGCCGCCAUGCUGCAAUCUGCAAUGUUCAUGCCGCAACUCAUGGGAAACAACGCUGCAGCGGCGCAACUUCUUGGGUCAUUGUUUGCCAUGGCUGCAGGAGCAUCUGGCACUUCAGCUAGUUCUUCCGGAGCAGGUGGCUCAGCAACAGCAGGAACUUCGGCUGCUGCAGCGUCGUCUCAUGCUGCUGCCGCACUUCUAGCCAGUGCAGCUGCUUCAGGAUCCGCGGGAAUGGAGGCUGAUGUUCUUAAUUUAACAAAGAAGGCUGAACCACCAGCCGUUACAUCUGCCUCGCCAGCUCCUUCAACCUCUUCUGCUCCUGCACCCUCAACAUCUCAGCAGCAACAGCAGUCGGCCGCGAUGGGUCAACUCGGACUGAAUGAGCUUAUCAUCCUUGCCAGCCUACCACCUGAUACGAGGAUUCCGGUCCUAAACACACAAACAAAGGAGCGGUUAUUGGGUGAAUCUGCACCAAAGCUGAAAAACCUCAGUGCAUGGCUAACAUCGCAUCCCACCUACACAUUGGAUCUCGCUAGUUUAGGAAAAGAACCACCACCAUCUGUUCCAACCCCCGUGGUCACAUCUGCUGCAGCCGAUUCCACUCCAUCAAGCGCCAAGCCGUCAGCUCCUCCAACUCCUAAGCCUUCUACUCCAAAACCUCUGAGCGCAGCUACCACUCCUGCCCCUAGUUCAAAGCCGGUGAGCGCGGCACCAACACCAGCGCCAGCACCGCUCACCCCGAAGCCGGAGUCUAGUCCUCGUCUAGAGCCUGGUGAGAUCCCCAAGAAAGCAUCAAAUGCAGGGGCUUCUAGUAUUGGAAGCGCUGGGGAUGGACCCGUCUCCGUGUUCAGUAGGUGGGUAUUAUUCACUUUUGUUUUUUCAUCUCAUAGUGGCACUUCGUUCAAUUUCUCGGAAGUUUGCCAAACAAGAGAUUUAAGACUGACUGGAGCUUUGCUUCCUGCUUCGAAAUGGCCAACGCUGAGUAAAUUGGCUUCAUGGCUUGACGCUCAUCCCGAAGCAAACGUACAUAGCAGUAGUGUACCUGUUGCUCAGUUGGUGGUGGGAAUGUCGCAUCCAGAACGACUUGGAGGAGAUCCUGUUGCUAUUGCGAAUGCCGCUGGACCCUCUUCGUCUGCAGCUACAAAAUCAUCUGACAAGGCAGCUAGCAGCAGCAGUGUCUUCGGAGGUGAUUCUACUUCU